ACAAGAGCAGACAUGCUGUGUGGGCUCAGCCGGGAGACCACUGGAGGGGCGGAUGAUGGGCCUUACUCCAAAGGAGGCAAGGAUGCAGGAGGGGCUGAUGUGGCUCUGGCGUGCCGCAGGCAGAGCAUUCCAGAGGAGUUCCGAGGGGUCACCAUGGUGGAGCUGACCAAGAAGGAAGGCAGCACGCUGGGCCUGACCAUCUCAGGUGGCACCGACAAGGAUGGGAAGCCCAGGGUCUCCAACCUGAGGCCUGGGGGGCUCGCAGCCAGGAGUGACCUGCUGAAUGUGGGCGACUACAUUCGGUCAGUGAACGGGAUCCACUUGACCAGGCUCCGCCACGAUGAGAUCAUCACUCUGCUCAAGAAUGUGGGAGAGCGUGUGGUGCUGGAGGUGGAGUAUGAGCUGCCCCCGCCCGCCCCUGAGAACAACCCAGGGAUCGUUUCAAAGACAGUGGAUGUCUCCCUCUACAAGGAGGGCAAUAGCUUUGGCUUUGUCCUCAGAGGAGGUGCCCAUGAAGACGGGCACAAGUCCCGGCCGCUUGUCCUGACCUACGUGCGGCCCGGCGGCCCUGCCGACAGGGAGGGCUCCUUGAAGGUGGGGGACAGGCUACUCAGCGUUGACGGGAUCCUGCUGCAUGGGGCCAGCCACGCCACUGCUCUGGCCACCCUGCGGCAGUGCAGCCACGAGGCACUCUUCCAGGUGGAGUAUGAUGUGGCCAUUCCAGACACAGUGGCCAACGCUUCAGGGCCCUUGAUAGUGGAAAUAACCAAGAUGCCAGGGUCCGCCUUGGGGAUCUCGCUCACCACUGGCUCCCACUGGAACAAGCCGGUCAUCACCAUCGACCGCAUCAAGCCGGCCAGUGUGGUGGACAGGAGUGGGGCCCUGCAUGCCGGAGACCGCAUCCUGUCCAUCGAUGGCACCAGCACUGAACACUGCUCGCUGCUUGAAGCCACCAAGCUCCUGGCUAGCGUGUCGGAGAAAGUGCGGCUGGAGAUCCUACCUGCGCCCCAGAGUCGGCGGCCCCUGAAGCCCUCAGAGGCAGUGAAGGUGCAGAGGAGCGAGCAGCCACAUCGCUGGGACCCCUGCGUGCCCUCCUGCCACAGCCCCCGGCCCGGCCACUGCAGGACCCCCACCUGGGCCACCCCUGCCAGCCAGGACCAGAGCCGAUCCUUGUCCUCAUCUCCCUUUUCCUCGCCGACCAUGAACCACGCCUUUCCCUGCACCAAUCCCAGCACCCUUCCUCGAGGAUCCCAGCCCAUGAGCCCCCGGACCACAAUGGGGCGGAGGAGGCAGCGAAGAAGAGAACACAAGAGCUCAUUGUCGCUGGCCUCCAGCACCGUGGGGCCAGGCGGCCAGAUUGUGCACACAGAGACCACCGAGGUCGUGCUCUGCGGAGACCCCCUCAGCGGCUUCGGUCUGCAGCUGCAGGGAGGCAUCUUCACCACCGAGACCCUGUCCUCCCCACCCCUCGUGCGUUUUAUUGAGCCUGACAGCCCGGCGGAGAGGUGUGGGCUGCUGCAGGUAGGGGACCGCAUCCUGGCCAUCAAUGGCGUUGCCACCGAGGACGGGACGAUGGAGGAAGCCAACCAGCUGCUGCGGGACGCGGCACUGGCCCACAAGGUCGUGCUGGAGGUGGAGUUUGACGUUGCUGAGUCCGUCAUCCCGAGCAGCGGCACCUUCCACGUGAAGCUGCCCAAGAGGCGUGGCGUGGAGCUGGGCAUCACCAUCAGCUCGGCCAGCAGGAAGCGAGGGGAGCCCCUGGUCAUCUCCGACAUCAAGAAAGGCAGCAUGGCGCACAGGACUGGCACCCUCGAGCCAGGUGACAAGCUGCUGGCCAUCGACAACAUCCGCCUGGACAACUGCCCCAUGGAGGACGCUGUACAAAUCCUGUGCCAGUGUGAGGACCUGGUGAAGCUGAAGAUCCGCAAGGAUGAGGACAACUCCGAUGAACAGGAGACCACGGGUGCCAUCAGCUACACGGUGGAGUUGAAACGCUACGGGGGUCCCCUGGGCAUCACCAUCUCAGGGACAGAGGAGCCUUUCGAUCCCAUUGUCAUCUCGGGACUCACCAAGCGUGGCUUGGCUGAGAGGACUGGCGCUAUCCACGUUGGGGACCGUAUCCUGGCCAUCAACAGUGUUAGCCUCAAGGGCCGGCCACUGAGUGAGGCCAUCCACCUCUUGCAGGUGGCUGGUGAGACCGUCACCCUGAAGAUCAAGAAGCAGCUAGACCGCCCCCUCCUACCCCGCAAAUCAGGCAGCCUCAGCGAAGCCAGCGAUGCGGAUGAGGACCCGCCAGAGGCGCUGAAAGGCGGCCUGCUGGCAGCCCGAUCCUCGUCCACUGUGCCCAGUGUGGACAGCGCAGUGGAGUCCUGGGGCAGCUUGGCCACUGAGGGUGGCUUUGGGGGCCCAGGUUCCUGCACUCCACAGGCGGCAGCCCGGGGCGUGACCCCCCAGGAGUGGCGGUGCAGCCGGCUGAGAAGCAGUCCCCCACCCACCGAGCCCCGGAGGACAAGCUACACCCCAGCCCCUGCCGACGAGAGCUUCCCCGAGGAGGAAGAGGAAGAUGACUGGGGGCCACCAGCUAGCCCCGCCCCCGGCCCCGCCUGCGAGGAGGGCUUCUGGCGCAUGUUCGGGGAAGCCCUUGAAGACCUGGAGUCAUGUGGUCAGUCGGAGCUGCUGAGGGAGCUGGAGGCAUCCAUCAUGACAGGCACCGUGCAGAACGUAGCCCUCGAGGGCAGGCCUGGCCUCCGGCCCUGGAGGAGGAACCAGGAGAUACGAGCUUCCCCAGAAGAAAUGCAGGAGGUGCUGCUGCCGACACCCUUGGAGAUGCACAAGGUGACACUGCACAAGGACCCUGUACGGAGUGACUUUGGUUUUAGUGUCUCAGAUGGCCUCCUGGAGAAAGGCGUCUAUGUCCACACUGUGCGCCCUGAUGGGCCAGCUCAACGUGGGGGUCUCCGGCCCUUUGACAGGGUCCUCCAGGUCAACCACAUUCACACGCGGGACCUUGACUGCUGCCUGACGGUGCCGCUCCUGGCCGAGGCGGGCGAUGUCGUGGAGCUGGUCAUCAGCCGCAACCCGCUGGCCCAGAGCAGCCAGGCCCCACGAGCACCAGGCCCCAGAGGCCCACGGAUGCUGUGA